AUGAAGGUCAAGGCCCUCACGCGGUCGGUGGCCGACCACCAACCACCCGGGUCCAGCACAUCCAAGCAGCCUCGCAACCUGGACCCGGCGCUGCACCCGUUCGAGCGGGCGCGCGAAUACACCCGGGCGCUGAACGCGACCAAGCUCGAGCGGAUGCACGCCAAGCCGUUCGUGGGGCAGAUGGGCCGUGGCCACGUGGACGGGGUGUACUCGAUGGCCAAGGACCCCAACUCGCUGGAGCGGGUGGCGAGCGGCAGCGGCGACGGCAUCGUCAAGGUGUGGGACGUGACGGACCGGGAGCAGCUCUGGACGGCGCCCGCGCACGACCACAUCGUCAAGGGCAUGGAGUGGACGCUGGACGGGAAGCUUCUGACGUGCGCGGCGGACCGGACGGUCAAGCUGUGGGACCCGUCCCAGACGUCGGCGUCGCCGCUGUGGUCGUGGCUGGGCGCGGGGACCUUCUCGUCGCUGUCGCGCCACCGGUCGCGCAGCGCGUUCGCGGCGGCCGCGAGCGACCACGUGGCCGUGUACGACCUGGAGCGGCACACGGCGGCGCCCGAGGUGCUCAAGUGGCCGACGUCGGUGGACUCGGUGACGGACGUGGCCUUCAACCAGGUCGAGACGUCGGUGCUGGCGUCCUGCUCCAACGACCGGUCCCUGGUCAUCUACGACCUUCGCAUGUCGACGCCGGUGACCAAGACGGUCCUCACCUUCACGGCCAACCGCGUGGCCUGGUCGCCCAUGGAGGCCUUCAACAUGGCCGUCGCCUCCGAGGACCACAACGCCUACCUCUUCGACACCCGACGCAUGGACCGCGCCCUCAACGUCUACAAGGACCACGUCGCCGCCGUCAUGGACGUCGAGUUCUCCCCGACGGGGGAGGGCCUCGUCACCGCCUCCUGGGACAGGACCGUCCGCCUCUGGGACCGCAACCGCGGCCACUCCCGCGACGUCUACCACACCAAGCGCAUGCAGCGCGUCAUGGCCGCCCGCUGGACCCCCGACGCCCGCUACGUCCUCUCCGGCUCCGACGACGGCAACGUCCGCCUCUGGAGGGCCAACGCCUCCGACCGGGAGGGCGUCAAGUCCGCCCGCCACCGCCAGUCCCUCGAGUACAACAAGGCCCUCACCGAGCGCUACGCCCACAUGCCCGAGCUCAGGCGCAUCAGCCGUCACCGCCACAUCCCGACCGUCAUCAAGAAGGCCGGCGAUAUCAAGGCCAAGGAGAUCAAGUCCAUCAAGCGCCGCGAGGAGAACGAGAGGAGGCACACCAAGAAGCAGUUUGAGAGGCGCAAGAAUGAGCGUGAGAAGAUGGUCAUCACGAGGGAGAAAUGA